AUGCGUUUCUCUCGGAUGCUCUUCCCUCUGGCCCUUGCUCAAUUGGCCCUGGCCUCCCCUGAGCCUCGUCCCAACCCGGUCGCUGCACCUGAGCCGGCCAGCAGCGGUCUCCUGGAGGCACUGCCCGAUCUUCUGAACGGUGUUCAGGAUCUCUUGACCUCGGAGAAUAUCAAGAAGCUGCAGACGAUCCUGGAUGGAGGAGCUAAGCUACUGGCUCCCGACAACAUGGAUGUCAUCGGUGAUAUCUUGACGAAUGCCCACAGCCUGUUGACCAAGAGCUUUGUUGAUAACACAACCACCCUCAUUGGGGAUGCUACACCGUUGAUCGAGGAUGUUUCCAAGCUUCUGGGGGGCGUGCUAGGUUCACUGUAA